CCUCCCUAAGCAAUGCCUUGCAGGGUCGUGAACUGCCUAAUCAAUAGAGUCGACAUGAAUGUCGACCGUAUGUGUGCUUUGCUGAGCUCAACGAUCAAUGAGCGGCGAAGCAUGAUGGAACAGUAUGGAGACGACUGGCCAGACAAGCCUAAUGAUUUGCUCCAGUGGCUCAUGGAAGCCGCAGAAGGGAUUGAGCGCGAGCCGAGGGCUCUGGCCGCCCGUGUGCUUGCAGUCUGCUUCGCUGCCAUCCAUACGUUUUCUAUGAGCUUCACUCAUGCUUUGUACCACCUGGCAGCACACCCAGAGUACACGAAGCCGCUGCGGGAGGAAGUUGAAGCUAUCGUUGCAGAAUAUGGCUGGUCGAAGGAUUCGCUACAGAAGAUGCACAAGGUCGACAGCUUUCUGAAAGAGUGUCAGCGGCUAGACAGUCUCAUCAGCUUUCUCAUAGAACGCAAGGCACUGAAGGACUUUACCUUCUUCGACGGCACGUUCAUUCCUAAAGGCAGCCACGUCUCAACCUCGAGAGUGAUGGUACACUGAACACAUAUUUUCGUUAUUGAAGACGAUGGCAACUGAAGUACCCUCGAUCUGUUUUCUCUCAUCUGCGACGUUUCAUCCAGAUAUAUCAAACGUAUGUACCUCACCAGGAUCACUCCACUAUUGCAUGCCC